AUGUCUACCCAGACCGCAACAGUCAAGCGGAAUCCCGCUGACUCCAUGGUGUCCACCUGGCGCCAUGAUCGAGCUCAGUGGGGUCCAUGGCACUGGAUGAUAGAACUUCUCGGCCUACACCUCAUCGACCUGAAGGGCAAAGUACCAGUAUUUUCCAAGAAAGAAAAGAUACCCGCCAUCCGCGAAUGGACAGUUCACUUAUGGAUCCUACUCCACGCCAUGAUACCACUCGCCCUGCACUACGCCUACACAGCCUAUACCGGACAAAAUCUCGGUCUCCUCGCCGCAUUCGGGCUAUACUCGACCGCAUUUAAACUAAACGGCAUCCAUGAAAUGCACAUAAUGCGACGUCUCGGUCAAGUUUACGGAUUCCUAGACGGAGACAAGCACCCCCGAGACGAAAUCCCCGACGUUGGCGUUGGAAAAGUCAUCCGGGAACUCAUUUCCACUUCCACUUUCCGCAUGAUAAUGGCUAUAUAUCUUACCUACCAACCGAAUGAAACACCCUCGUCUCUCGAAUGGAAAUGGCUGCCCCUGGAGAUCGGUAUCUACAGCAUCACCGUCGAUUUCUGGUUCUACUGGUAUCACCGCAUGAUGCACUCAACGGGUCCACUGUGGAAAUAUCACCGUCGACACCACCUCACAAAGCACCCGAAUCCCCUCCUCUCAGCGUACGCAGAUCACGAGCAAGAGUUUAUGGAUAUAACUGGCAUCCCCCUCAUGGCGUAUGGCACGAUGAAGCUUAUGGGGCUACCGAUGGGGUUCUAUGAGUGGUGGAUUUGUUUCCAGUAUAUUGCCUUUUCGGAAUUUAUUGGACACAGUGGUUUGAGGCUUCAUGGUGGGGCACCGUCUACGUUGAAUUGGUUGUUGGAGCUCUUUGAUGCGGAGCUUGUUAUUGAGGAUCAUGAUUUGCAUCAUCGGUAUGGGUGGCGGAAGAGUCAUAAUUAUGGGAAACAGACUAGGCUUUGGGAUAGGAUAUUUGGAACUUGUCAUGAGAGGAUUGAGAGUGUAAAGGAGAACGUUGACUAUACUAAUCGGGUUACGAUGCCUCUUUUGUGA